UUAUUACAUUGUAAUCUUGUUUAAGUGAGUCAUCAAAGGAUACUUGAAGAGCAGCGGAUCAAUAAAUAUGACCUUGUAUGGUCGCGUUUUGAAUGCCGACAUAGACCUCAGUAAUAGUCACGCUACUUCUGUAUCUGCAUUUCUACUGUUUUACAUGAUUGACUAUGUCCUUCAAACAUGUCAAUCGAGCAAUAAAACCACGAGAAACACUUACUUGUUCAUAAGACUAAGAAAUUACUCCAUCUCCAUAAUCCACGCUUUUAUAUCCGGACUAAGUUCGCUUAUUUGCCUUAUUGCUUAUCCUGACCUAGUCGGUAAUGUCAUAGAUUCAGAGAACGUUUUCGCUUAUCAUAUUUUGGGUUUCGCGACAGGUUAUUUUGUUCACGACAUUUAUCAUAAUAUAUGUGGCGGUGUUGGACUAAGAUCGUUGGAGAUAAUAUUGCAUCACAUUACAGUAGCCUUUUGCCCUUAAGUUUUCAUCAGCUUUUAACUUAGGUUUUAACCUGCUUUUACGUUGUAUCUUGGUAUAGAAUUCUUGUUUGUUACGCAUUGUUUGGGCUUUUGAUGGAACUGAACAGCAUAUUUCUUCACGCAAGAAAGUUAAUGAUAUUGCUUAACACCGACCCUGAAUCACUAACAUACCGCCUUAAUGCUAUUGCAAAUAUCACUUAAUAAGUGGUUAGCGAUUCAAAGCAUCAACCGCUUGAAACACUAUCCACCUAAAAUAUUGGACAUAAUAUCUGUAAAGUUUUUUCUAAUGAGUAAGUGAUUUUAUUUUUAAGUAACACUUGUAAUCCUUGAAUUAACUACAAAUAAAUAGCAUUUUCCGUGGUUACCGAAAGAUGUUACUGAAUUAUUUUACUUCAGUACAUAUUUUAACUUGUUGAUUAAGCUAAUGAAGUUGUGGUACAUGCAUAGAAAAGUCAUCUUUGAUCAUUUUUUGUGAAAGGACUAGGUCACUACAAGUGCUAGUUAACUGUAAUAAAUAUUUUUCCAUCAUUACAACUUAUUGUUUCUAGAAGUACAGCUUAGCCCUCGGACUUUGAAUUUGCCACUUUCGAUCUUACCACUAUCUAACCAACCCACAUCUCACGAUAGUACCUCAAAUGGUGUGUUUCAACCUAGUCAAGCCGAGAAAUCCUAUCGGUUUGUAUUCUUGUACGUGUAUUCAAUUUAAUUCAAAGACAUCAUGAGUUGUUCUUAUAGAUUGAUUUAUUGAUAUCAUUCUCGUAGUAUUUGUCAGAAAUCGUUCCCAACAGAAAUAUAUAUUUCAAAUUUAACAUGUAUUUACAAUGAAAACGAACAACAUUCGUGAUCACACACAGUCAAAAUUAGAACCACAUGUGUGGCUUAUAAAUAUUAUCAUGUCAACGAAUCCAAUACUGUAUAUGUCCCAAGCUUAUAAGCUAUACCCAUAUACAACAAAUUGAUAUUUAAUUAAUUAAAAUUAGUUAAACUCGAGUAAUCAAGACUUGGUAUACAAUCAAUAAACUAGAUAACGAGGUUUAAUAACUCAGUUUACAUACGUUUUAGCUUUCGAAAGUAGUCAACGAGUAUUUAUACUCAUUAGUUCUGUUACUGUUGACUAUUAAUCACAUAAGCAAAUCUUUCACUUUUUAAAUGAAAAUAUUUCUGAAAAAUAAAAAAGUACAUUUCAUACUGAAGAAUGGCAAUUUUUUCGUGAUAUCUAGUACCCUUUAAGUGGCUCUUAUUGCUGUGAGAAAUACAAUUUGUUACACACUUCAUCUUUUCAUUUCAAUCAUAAUUACAUAUCAAGCAUCCAUUUGCUCUCUAAAAUAGUUACUUCAUGAAUAAAUGCCACUUUUUUUCGAUCUGUCCUAAGAGGUUUAACUAGACUGUUAAUGCAUAACUUUUGAAACCUAGUUGACUUAUUUAAACGCAUUGUUCCAUCAAUAUUGUUGCUUUUUUCGCAAAAGUAUCCCUCAUGAUAUAUUACACUCCUGAGAAUUCCGUUCAACUGUCAGAAAAUUAUGCGCUUAUUUUAGUGAAUAAAUAGAUUUGUAUUUAUUUUUGAAAAUUUAGCAAAUAUAGAUGUAAGAAAGCAGCGAUCAUGAGAAUAAUAGAUAACUGGAGUAAAAUUAGUGAUCCCUUUUAAAAAUUUUUUAUAUAUUUUGCAAACUUGACUUGUUCACUCGUUUAUCAUUUAGAUUUUACACUUAUGUAAAAUGCAUUAGCUAACCUAUACAGUAAAACUGUUAGUAAUUUCAGUUUGCAAAAUUUACAUUUUGUCACCUGAUAUAUAUGAAGCUCUAUUGAAAUAACAUUACUAGCAAACAAUCAAUCGUAAUAACUGCCUACCUGCUUAUGAGCUUGUUAGGAAACAAUGAAGAGAUCUAAAAUUAAGUUUUGUCAUCCGUUUUGUUAUUUUAUAGUUUUAUUUUCCCGACUAUCCCCUACUUUUAAAUAUCACUUGCAAAUGUGAUUAUAUCUUUUACUUACAAAGGUGAAAUGUAAGUUUUGCCAAAUAAAUGACAUAUUUUUGUCUCUUUUAACUGAAAUUUGCUGAAUACACUUUUGAUGACUUACGUACUUAUCAAUAUGAUAUGGAUCAACUCAGAAUGUGUAUGACCAUUCAGUGGAUUUCGUGAAAUUACUCCACUUGAAAUGUUAUAACAUGAAAUAAAUCAACUUGUUUAUGUUUGAAUAAGAAUCCCCAUUUCUUUUUAUUAUUCUUUUUCUAAAUAGUUACAUUUAUCAUCUUUCGUAUAUGUCUUACACUGUCGUUAUUUGGAUGGGGAAUUAUUAACAGGCACAAGUUACCAGUUGUUGUUAGUUGGAUUCUACUUUCGAGUUUCACAGUAUUUACAACAAUGAAUUUAGUUUUGUUCUACCGUGUUAUCAUAGCGGAACGUCGAAUCUUACAAUUAAACCAUUAUAAACUUUCUAUUAAUGGUGUGAUGAAAUAAAUUUAUUCUUCAGAAUUCUUGUCAAUGUCAUUUCAGCAUCGCCAUAGUAAUUGCUUAGCAGUUAACCAAUUUUAAGGUACCUUCUCACGUUUGUGUACGUAAAUGAGUACACCUUUUUUCAACUUAACUAUAAAAUUGUAAACACUGUACAUCACUUAACUUUAAAUUUGUUUCUUCACUAGUCUCUAAUUAUAUUCAUCUACAUGCAAGUGAUAUGUAAAUAGAUGAAUUUUCUUUUUCUUUCUUGAAGAACUGUUAUGUUUUUAGUUUCUUUUCUCUCUCUCUCUCUCUCUCUCUCUCU